AUGGCUCUAGGCAACGCGCAGUACGCAGUGGCGGACCUCGUAGCCAAAGCAGAGGCGCUUGUGGACCAGUGUCAACCGGAACUGGCCGUGCAAUUUUAUGAAAGAGCAUUGCUUCAAGACCCAAGCAACACAUCACUGCUGGACUCAAUUGGCGAGCUGAGCACGGAGCUAGACAAUCCGGAACGUGCGCUGUCAGCCUUUCAGCAAAGUGUACGACUUUCCCCAUCUCAAAAUCCGACCAAGUAUUUUUAUUUGUCGCAGCUUGUUGUGGGUAAGGAAGCAGAGCAGUAUAUGACGCAGGGUAUCACGUUUCUUCAGCAGGAACUGCAACGACAAGCGGACCCGAAUUCUUUCGAGGCGAUGACAAUAAAGAAACAGAUAUGUGACGCCUAUUGCUCACUAGGGGAGCUCUAUAUGACAGACUUGUGCUAUGACGAAGAGGCUGAGGGGCGUUGUGAGAAGUCCUUUGAAGAAGCCAUGAAGUACGAUGUCGGCUUGCCCGAGCCCACGCAAGCACUUGCUAAUUUGCGACUCGUGCAGCAAAACAAAGAAGGAGCUGAUAGCUUACUCAAUGAAACGUACCGUCGUCUUAACGAAAAUUGCGACGAUGAAAGUAUGCCGUCCUUAGAUUUUCGGACUGCCACGGGCAAAAUGCUUAUUGAAGUAGAGCGAUAUGAAGAGGCAUGUGACGUGCUCGAGGGCGUGAUGCAGGAGGAUGAUGAGAAUGCUGAGCUCUGGUUUCUUGUGGGUACAUGCUAUCGCGCUAUGGACGACUUGCCCAACGCACUUGAGUUUUUUGAAAAAUGCCAACAAAUGCUUAAUAACCUCAAGAAAGAGCUUCGCGACGAAUUUUACCUUCACGACCAGCUCGAAAGUGUGAAUGAAACGAUUGCUGAGCUCUUAGACUCUAUCGCUAACCGUCCACCCAAAGAGAGCGAUAGUGAAGAGGAGAAAGAUGCAGAAACAGAUACUAUAGGACAGGAAGACGUGGACAUGGAAAGUUGA